GUCGCUUUGAGAAUGUCGCCCACCCGUGCAGUUUCAUGCACGGGACUUUCCAUUUCUCUCUCGCUCACCUGAUAUCACUUCUUCUCAGGAUUCUACCUGUAUGGCAAAUAGACCAGACACUUCUCCAAUAUUUGGAUAACACAGACUUUCCUGGAUUACAUUCGGUGUCACAAUGUUUUUCUCUAGACUUUUCAUCCUGGUUGUCUCUCUAACGAGAACCGUUUCAGCACAGGUGCAGGAUAGUUAUGGAUUAUCUUAUGCGCUGAGGCCAGAACUAUUGGAAGAUGAAAUAUUGGUGGCUAACAACGGAAUACGAGUGCCUAUAGGAAGAUCUGUUUUCAUCGAUCCUAUCAAUGAUCUGGUUAUUCAACAGCAGCCCGGCGACCGAUGCAGCGUUACCGUUCUGGAUAAUGAUCCUUUAUCGCAGAGACCAGGACAUCUCGCUCCCAAAAAGUUUCCCUGCGAUUUCGGACCAAACGAUGUGACAUACACACACUUCGGCUCAAGGAGUCCUGCCAAGGACAGAGUGAGGCUGCAGCUCAGGUAUGACACCCAGGCUGAUACCGUUAUCAUCCCUUUCAUGAUGGAGGUAGAGGUCGUCUUUACGCAACUUGAAUUGUUAACAAAAAACAUGCCUCUCCAAGUAGAUAAACUCAAUGGAGUUAGUAACCCAAUAGAUAAAAAGACGUUGGAAUUUACUUAUGACAGAGACUCGCACAAAUGCCAGGUGACAUCGCUGGCUAGCGGCAGCGCGCUCCCUAGAUACGGAAGACUUAUUGACGAAAGCAAACUUGCCAAUAUGAUGGACUGUGAUGAAUUCACUGAGGCGAACAUACGCUAUGAGCACACGUUUAAGCACAAGUCUCCAAACAGGGACCAUGUUCCCAUGAUUGUUGAAUUACGUGACAAAGAAGGCAAUUUGCUCAAACAGGAAUAUUUCAAUCUGAUGGUGCGCAUUAAAGAGGGACAGGAAAACACGGCACCCAAGCCAAGCUUUGUGGCCAUGAUGAUGAUGGAGGUCAGUCAGUUUGUCAUGACAGCUCUCACCCCGGACAUGCUAGCGGCAGAGGACAGAGAGUCAGACCCGAAUGAUCUCAUAUUCAACAUCACCUCUCCUUUGUCCUACGAAGAGGGCUACAUAGUCAGCACAGAUGACAGAAACCUCCCCAUCACGUCAUUCUAUCAAAGAGACCUACGGGACCUGAAGAUAGCCUACAAGCCCCCUUCUCUUGACUCGGACACUGAGAGAAUUUUCCAGAUAGAGUUUGUGGUGGUGGACACAGAGGACGCCGUCUCGGAUCCGUUUGCGUUCAUGAUCGUGGUGAAGCCCAUGAACACCUUGGCCCCCGUGGUCACGCGCAACACCGGCCAACUCCUCUACGAAGGCCAGUACCGCCCGCUCUUCAGCGCCCACAACCUCGAGAUCAGCGACGAGGACAACCUGGAGAGCGUCACGGUAACGGUGGUCGACGGGCUCCGCCACGGCCACCUCACCAUCCUGGGCUCCCACAGGAAGUUCUUCACGUCGGCCGACCUGGCGUCCGGGGUCGUCGUGUACCAGCACGAUGGGAGCGACACCUACAGCGACAACAUCAUCUUCAGGAUGACGGACGGGAAACACAAUGUCGAGUUCCUGUUCCCCAUCACGGUCGUUCCGACGGACGACGAACCGCCGAUCGUCAACGCCAACACCGGGCUGGUGCUGUUCAAGAACCAGAUGAUUCCCAUCUCCCCUCUCACGCUCAGCGCGGCUGACAUCGACUCUGAGGACUCGACCAUCAAGUUCACAAUCAUCCCUCCUCUGUCCACCAUUGGGGUCUUACUGCUACGACAGUCCGAAGCCCCUGAAGACCCCUCCUCGUGGAGGUUCAACGCUGUGCACGAGGUGUACGAGAAAGAGGUGACAGAAUGGCUUCAGAAAGACAUCACCGAUGGCAAACUGUUUUACAGACACACAGGCCCCCAUAACACCGACACGGUCAUGGACCAGUUUGUCUUCACGGUUCAGGAUGAUAAUGACCCUCCUAACGUGUCGGAGAAGAGCACCUUCGUCGCCCGGAUCCUACCCAUCGACGACGUUCCACCUGUGCUGUUCCCCGGCACCACCCUGCAGAUGACGGUUCACGAGUACCAGCUCACUCAUUUUAGCAAGGACGUCCUCCGCUACACUGACCUGGACUCGGAAGACCGAGAUCUGAAGUACACAGUCGUCCUGCCUCCCACCGACACAGACGAAAACAGCCCGGUUGUGUUCGGGUCGUUGGUUCUAACCGAGAGGCCCGACACGGAGGUCACCGAGUUCACCCAGGCUCAGAUCAACCAUCACAAGAUCUCCUACAGCCCUCCCGACCUGGAGUUGGGCAUCACGGCCCACGUGGUGCAGUUCCGCUACUCCGUCGAAGACACGUCCGGCAACAGUGUGGAAGGAGCGUUCAUCGUCUUCCUGCAGCCAGUUAACAACAAGCCGCCACAGAUCACCAACACCGGCUUCACCGUGUUUGAGCGCGGCAUGCACGUGAUCUCCCGUGCGGAGAUGGAUACCACUGAUCCAGACACAGACAAUGAGCAGAUAUCUUUCACCCUCAGCCAGACCCCUCUCCACGGGCACGUCCAGGUGACUUUCGCCAACCUGCCCAAAAGAGGCGUCUUCACAUUAGAGGACAUCUCGGACGGCAACGUUGUCUACGUCCACAACGGGGACGAGGCGGCCAACGACGCGUUCCAGUUGGACGUCAGCGACGGCAUCCACGUCGUCACGGUUACCGUAAAAGUCACGGUGAAGCCGGUCGACGACGAGACACCCACGGUCAGCUUGCCGCCUGGCACCGUGGGCUCCCACGUGGACGUCCUGGAGAACGGCGCCACAGAGAUCACGACCAGCGUCAUUCAGGGGCGCGACGAGGACACCGACGACCUGCAGCUGACCUUCAUCGUGGAGGACGCGCCUUCGUCGGGGGAGAUCCUGGUCAAAGGGGUGCCCGCCGGUAGGUUCACUCAGGCCGACAUCAUCAACGGAUUGGUGGUGUACGCGCACACCGGCGGAGAGAUAGGCCAGGCUUCCAAGGAGGACGGGUUCAACUUGACCCUGACAGACAUGUCUGAUGAGUGGACCGUAGGCGGGAACAAGGUCAACGGCGUCCGUGUCCAUGUCACCAUUCUCCCCGUUGAUAGUCAAGCCCCUGAGGUGAUCCUUGGGAAUCAGUUCAGUGUGCUAGAGGCUGACAAAUACCCCGUAGGUCUCCAUCACCUGGAUGCUAAAGACAAGGACACGCCCAGUGAAGAUGUAAUGUGCACCAUCAUCGUUCAACCCACGUCUGGCUACUUGGAGAACAUCUCUCCAGCUCCAGGUUCAGAGAAGUCCAGGUCUGGCACAGCAAUCAGUGCCUUCACCAUCAGGGAUGUCGGGGAAAGCAACAUUUAUUACGUUCAGAGUAUCCACAAAGGCGUGGAGCCACUGGAGGACAGAUUCACAUUCAGGUGUUCUGAUGGAACCAACUUCUCUGAGAAGCACUUCUUUCCAAUCGUUAUCAUUCCCACCAAUGAUGAGAAACCGGAGAUUUACUUGAGGGAGAUCGUUGUGAUGGAAGGGAUGAACAUAGUUAUCGACACUCCGAUCCUGAACGGGGGCGAUGCGGACAUUCCAUCAGAGGAGCUGACCUUCAUCAUCUCCAAACAGCCCAAACAUGGCUCCGUUCUCAACCAGCUAGCCACAGGUUCAGUCUUAGUGACCAACUUCACUUUAGAGAAGAUAAGAGAAUCCUCCAGUAUCAUUUAUGAGCACGACGACUCAGAGACCACGGAGGACAGCUUCAACGUCAUCCUCACCGAUGGGAAAUAUUAUGUCGAGAAAACGGCCAUUGUCAUGAUUAUCCCUGUGGAUGAUGAGACCCCAAGAAUGCAGAUCAACGACGGUCUGGAGAUCGAGAUAGGGGAGACCAAGGCCAUCACCAACGACGUCUUGAAAGCCACCGAUUUAGAUUCCGAGGAUAGCACCCUCGCAUAUGUCAUUAGCUUUGGACCUAGUCAGGGCAUUCUGCAGAGGCAAGUAAGAGGUGAUAGUAGAACGUCACGUUCCUCGGGUCUUGGUGGAACAUCUGCACGGAACAUCACAGUAGGCAUGAACUUCACACAGGCCGAAGUGGACCAAGGGUUGAUCUCUUACAUCCACAACGGUCAGGAGGGCAUUCGUGACCUCAUCAAGUUCGACGUCACAGACGGUUUGAACCCGUUGAUCGACCGCUACUUCUACAUCACGGUGGGCAGCAUCGACAUGGUGUUCCCGGACGUAGUCAGCAAAGGCGUAUCGCUGAAAGAGGGUGGCAGAGUGACCUUGACCACAGACCUGCUCAGCACCACCGAUCUCAACAGUCCAGACGAGCACCUGAUCUUCACGAUAACCAGGGCCCCCGUCAGAGGGCACUUGGAGUGCACGGACACCCCAGGGAUGCCCAUCGCUUCCUUCACCCAGCUGCAGCUAGCAGGAAGCAAGGUCUACUACAUCCACACCUCGGACGACGAGGUCAAGAUGGACAGCUUUGAGUUCGAAGUGACCGACGGCUACAACCCGGUGUUCCGCACCUUCAGGGUCUCCAUCGUGGACGUAGACAACAAGAAGCCGGUCUUGACCAUCCAUCAACUGCUUGUCACCGAGGGUCAGAGUAAGCUGAUCACGCCGUUUGAGCUCACGGCUGAAGACCAGGACACGGCGGAACGGCUGCUGAAGUUCUCGGUCACCCAGCUGCCCGUGCACGGGAAACUGCUCUACAACCAGUCCACGCCGGUGACCACCUUCACCAAACAGGACCUGAACGAAAACCUCAUCAGCUACAAACACGACGGCACCGAGUCUUCCGAGGACUCCUUCUCCUUCACCAUCACCGACGGCACGCACACCGACUUCUACGUGUUUCCCGACACAGUGUUCGAGACCCACCGUCCUCAAACCAUGAGGAUCACCGUGGUGGCCAUCGACAACGGCGUCCCUCAGAUUGUGGUGAACAAAGGGGCCCCCACGUUGAAGAUCCUGUCUACUGGUCACCUCGGUUUCCCCAUCAGCUCCAAGGUGCUGAGGGCAGAGGACAGAGACAGCAGACCCAUCUCCCUGGUGUUCCACAUCACAACCGCGCCGAAGCAUGGCUACAUCGUUGACCUGGGACGAGGGAACGACUCUGUCAACACAUUCACUCAAGCUGACGUCGACGACCUGAAGAUCUGCUACGUGCUGAGGAGUGACGAGAACGCCACGACGGACCUCUUCCACUUCUCCGUGGAAGACAACG